AACCAUUCCAUACACUGAACGUUAGACUCAGUCCUCGUUUGCAUGUCCGUCGCGAUGCCCGACAACGUCCGUCAAGCGCCUAUUACUGACGACCGCCACCGGAGCAGUGUCGACUCGGGUAGCGGUUCUUCGUCGCCGGCCAUUUCGCCGUCGCACAGCUUCAAAAGAUCCAAGUCCACGUUUUACCUGUUGGACCGGCGAACGUCGCCACCGCCCGGCCGACUUUUGCCGCAGCCCCAAAAUGUGACGGUCGACACCGUCGCAUGGUGUCCCGCGUUUUUCUGGCGGCUGCUGAAGUCAAUCUUUUUUCUGCCGCCCAUCAACUUGUUACUGCUGCGAAUACCGCUCAUUUGGACGGCUCUGUGGAUUCGACUGACUUGGGCGUGCGUGCGCAUACCUUUGGUGUUCUCGAAGUUCGCUAUCCGGGCGUGCUUUAUGAGGAAGUACAGCAAGGGCGACCGGACGGUGCUGAUAAACGGCGGAAGCACCAUUCAAGCAUUGUACCUGGCCAGAAAUUUUUACGCGGCUGGCAUCAGGGUGAUCGUGUGCGAGGUUGAAGGCUGUGCGGAGUUAGCGUCGUUUUCAGUAGCCGUCGAUAGCUACUACACCGUGCCCAGACCUAACGAAGAUAACUGUAUACAGUACGUGGACGCGUUGAGAGUGAUCGUCGAGAAGGAACGCGUCGGGUUAUACGUACCCACUGGUACAACUGUGCUAGCAUAUUACGACGCAGUAGCCAAGUCACAUUUGGAACUAUUGGGUUGCAAAUGUUGCACACCCAGUCUGGAAGGUGUAUCGUUCCUGAACGAUUUGUCCGAGGUGUUUGACAAGUGCCAGGCCGAGGGCUUAUCGGUGCCCAAGCACUUGAAAGUUUACUCCAAAGAAGAUAUAGUCAAACUGUACGACAACGUGUCAUUCCGGGCCGAUAAACAUUUCAUCGUCAAUGUUGGAUUUUACGGGUGUAAAAUCAAGCACUGUCUUCAAUUGCCAGAGUCCCGAAAGAAUCUAACGCUUCCUGGCCCUGUUUCCGAAGACUGCCCCUGGCUAUUGGUGCAGAACUGCCCGGGUUCGUAUUACGCGACGUGCACCACCGUACAUAAUGGCAAAAUGAUUGGAAACGUCACGUGCAGUGCGAGAACUGGUAAACCCACGAGAAACGAACUGGUCGACGACUGGGUAACGCACUUUUUGUCAACCUUGUCAUUUGCGUUUGACGGCUACCUGUCGUUUAAGGUCUGCAUAUCACCUUCGAGGAACGUGUUCCCCAUGGGCUGUCAGAUAGGCGUGCCCCUAUCCUAUGUAAAUUUCACUAGUCAUUUUGAGAAAAUACUAUACCCUCCCCGCAACGCGCACCAUACGCAUCAUCACCAAGCCGUACCUCCUGAAAUGGAAUUAGUCGAAAGAUAUUGUCUACCAAAACUCAUAUAUGACGCGGUUACAAGAAUGUCUCUAAAAAACACGCUGACCGUGGUUUUAGAAAACCGUGAAAUGGUAUUAACUUAUUGGGACCCUAUGCCCGCCUUCGUAUACUAUAACUUCCAACUGCUCUCGGUCUCUAUCGACAACGUUCUGAAAAAGGUAAAACCCUACAGCCACAAAAAUAAAUACACCACGUUUUAAUAAAGGAAAACGACAUGAAUACAACUUAAUUCAUUCCACAUGCUAUGCCGUAAGCGUUAAUAUGCAGUACAGCUAGUAUUCAAUUAAUUCCUACAUUUUAAGACAUUUAUUAUUACUGUUCUUUUUUAUAUACGCCGCCAUGGUCGUUGACGAGUUUUAUUGACAACGAAUGAACACGAGACUUUUUUGUAAGUGCUUCUUUUACGUUUUAGUCGUUUACGAGAAAUAAAAGCCAUGUUACGCGGCCUAUGAGAUAUAAGAAACUGUGUUAUAGGGUAAAUUGUAAAUGUAUAUAGAUAUACACGAAUAAAGAUUCGGUGCAAGGAGGUAACUGUCACGGAAUACAUCUAGCAAAUCGUAAACGGUCGUUAUGAUGAUAUGGGUCAUAGAAAACGAAACAGUCACUCGAACAUGUAACAAAUAAUGCAGCCGACUACAGUCUAUAAGAAAAUGAGUUUCCAAAAUUUCAACCGCCGAAUUAGGUAUCAUUAUGCCGACAUCACGUACAACUAAAAUUAUGCAAAUUAUUUUAUAUUUUUAUCAUUUUACGCAUAUAUUUGGUAUAGUUUGCAAAACGAUAAAUGAAGCUAUAUUAUAAUGUUUAAAAAUAAUUUGACAAUAUAUUAUUAUAUUGUACAGUAAACCCUCUAAGUAAUAAUACUCAUAAUGUAUUAUUACUCAAUUGGUUUAAUCAAAAUUUAAACUAUAAUAUUAAUACUACUAUCUAGGUAACUAUUUUGAAGUGUACACAUAAAGUAUUUAAUAUUUACUAAGAACGGAUUACUCAUCAAUUAUUUUAGUUUAUUCGGCGGUAUUGUACCCAGACGAUGACCUACAUGAAAAUGUUCCUAAUAAUCGUUUAAAUAAUAUUAUGUUAUCGUAGGUGUAAAUUAAGUAAUAAAUAAAUAUGAAUUUCCACAAUUCUUUAAAAUAUAUAUGAAUCAUUUAAAUAAUGGAAUGUAGUUCAAUUUUUAUUUUAAGAAAGACCUAAAAUAUGAAUACAAUUUUUUAGAUCUUGAUAGGAAAAAAAUCGAUGUACAAUAAAAAGUAAGUGAAUUAUAGCAGAACAAAGAUAAAGUGAACUUCAAAGUAACAGAGAACAAAAUAGACUUGAAAAUGGUUGGAUCCAGAAAGUUAAAAACGUACUUAAUUUGUAUAAAGAAAUGUGUAGAGGAGAUAAAGAAUAAUGAAGGAAAAUAUAAGUCUACCUCACUAUUAAAAUACAUAAAAAGAAAAAAUAAUUAAAAUCGUAAAUAUUUAACCCAAUACUUUAGUUGAGUUUACCCCACAUAAAUAUUUUGUGACACCUCUAACUUGGUAUUUAUUUUACCCAUUCACCAUUAUACAUAUUUUUUUUUAAACAUCAUGAAAGUAAGGUUACAUGUCUUAGAUGUUAAUUGAAAUUGAUAAAAAAUGUAUAGACCAAACAAAUAAAAUAAAAAUAGUUAUCAAUUUUAUUAUAGCACAAUUAUUAAAACCAGAGAAUGACGCAGUCUUCUUUAAUUAUAUAUACCUAUAACUUAUUUUUAGUUUAUAUAUAUAAAU